CUCUAUUUUGGCCCCAAAAACGGAGCGGGAAGCGGUUGUUGUUGCGGUGCGCUGCGUGUGUUGUGCUGCUCGAAAAACUAGGUGUGAAAAUGGCGAAAAUCAAUAACAAAGCAAAAUAAAUAAAGUGCACACGGAAAGUGGUUUUGCAGCAGGAAGAGCGGGGAGAGGCAAAACAGCGUAAAAGUGAGAGAAACCCAAGUGCGUGAUGAAACGAAACGAAUAGGAAUAGGAAUAAGAAUAAGAAUAGGGAGUACAAAGGAGACGAAGGAGAAAAGUGCAACGUGUGUGUGUGUGUGCAUGGAAAGGAAGCCGUCAACAAAUUUCGGUGCAUUCGCUGCAGACGUCGACGCUGGCGUUUUUUGUUAUACGUGACGCGAAUUAAAUGCGCCGCUUACAGUAGUGCUCUCCUUCUCCAUCCCAUCCCAUCCAUCCCGCUCUUGCGCUUGUAAUUAAUUCCGUUUCUGCCGCCGCUGCGAAUAGGGUCAAAAUAAAACACGUAAAAAAUACAUCCAAAUGCUGGCCGGUUUUCUUGUUUGCGGUUAAAACAGUGAGCAGCGCGUGAUUCAUACGUAGCAGUAGCAGCAGCAGCAGCAGCAGCAGAGGUACAGAGCUACAAAAACAACACUGUCGUGCAUUGAACCGUCGACGGCGACGCUGACGGCAGGCCCGACUGCAACGCUACGGUUUCCUGCUAAAAACAUUGUCAUACGAACAGACGCACUGCGACGGAAGCAGAGGAAGGAGCAGCAGCAGCGGACGCAGCAGCAAAAUGGAUAAUAUUCGAGCAGUCGUCGAGUACGAGUAUGCGGCCAAGGAGCAGGACGAGCUGGAUCUGCGCAAAGGUGCCAUCAUCCAUCACAUCCAGCAGAUGCCCGGCGGCUGGUGGAUGGGCACCCUCAAGGCCACCGGCAAGACGGGCAUGUUUCCGGACAACUUUGUCCGUGUCCUCGACACCAAUGGCAGCACCAACGGCAACGGCGAGCAUAUCGACGAUGGCACAGCCGUGCAGUUGAGGGACAAAUCAGAGACAUCGAAUCGGCGCGUUAAAGUCGUCUACAGCUACACACAAGUCAACGACGACGAACUGACGCUGACGAUGGGUGAUGUCAUUGAAUUCCUAGGGGAGGUCGAGGAAGGCUGGUGGCGCGGACGUUUGCGCAGCAAAGUCGGUGUCUUCCCAUCGAACUUUGUGAGACUUAUCGAACCAUCGCCCAUACUGGCCUCCAAGCGCCCGCCGACGAUUGGUGCCACGGUGACCACUUCAUCGCUGACUGCCAAGGCGGCAAAUGUGGCAGAAACGACAGCAGCAGCAGCAGCAGCGGCAGCCCCAACAACGAAGCAAACGACCAAGAGCAGAGGAACUGCCUCGAGUGCAGCAGCAUCAGCAGCAGCACCAGCCACAGUUCCAGCUCCCGUUGCAGCCCCAAUCACAGUCGCACCCCCUGCAGCAGCAGCCCCUGCAGUGGCAGAACCAGCACCCAUGCUGCCGCCAAAGCCUUCGCGGCUCUGCCGCGUGGAGUUCCCCUACGCCCCGAUGAACGAGGAUGAGCUGGAGCUGAAGGUGGACGAAAUCAUUACGGUCAUAAGCAUGGAGUUGCCGGACAAGGGCUGGUGGAAGGGCGAGAUCCAUGGCAAGGUCGGAGUCUUUCCGGAUAACUUUGUCAAGAUGCUGGAAGCAGCUCCUUCCAUGCCACCGCCACCGCCGCCGCGUCCUCGUGCCCGACCCCGAGCUGGCACUGGAGCUGAAGCCUACUCAGCCUACCGUGCCCCACCACGGACGCAGCGCGGCGGCUCUUUCGAGUUCUUGGGCGCGCGUAUGGCCAGCUUUAUCACCACAAUUUUUGCUCCCAUCAACGAGCCAGCCACGACACAGCCACCGCCGCAGCAGCAGCAGCAGCAGCAAUCCCAGAAGAAGAUCAGCAACAGCAUUGCCAACGCCACCAGCCACAUGACCACAACGAAUUCGAGCAACUCCAGCAGCAGCACCACGACGGUGAGCAGCAGCCAGCAAAGGGAACAGGUGCGGGAGCAGACCACCAACUCGACCACAUCGAAGGUGUACAUCAAGAAGACGGGCAGCAGCUCCCAGAGCAGCAGCUCCUCGGGCCGCAAGGAGAGCUUCGGGUCGCGCGACUCCCUCAACGACAUCCUCAGCGAGACGGGGCUGCCCAGCGGCAAUGUGGCCGCCCAGCGCAAGUCCCUGGAGACCAAGAACCUCGACCUGAGCAAGCAGCCGGGCCAGCAGAAGAGCGCACCCACAACGACGGCACUCAGCAAGAGCAUGGAGAGUCUCGAUGAGAAGGUCAAGUCGCCGCCACCGCCAGUGCUGAGCAAGAAGCCCAGUGUGCCGCUAAAGAAGACGCCCACAGGUGGAGUGCCCGUGGCAGGCAACCUCUUGGGCGGCAAAAAGAAGAGCAACCCCGAGGGAAAGCUAACCAGCGCCGUGUCCCACGAUCUGGCCGAUGGCCUUGCAGCCAGCAAACUGAUUGCCGGACAUCUGCCCGAGCAGGGAGUCGCUGGCAAUCUGGUGAUCCGUCGAGCGGCCACCAUAGCCGGUGAGGAUGUGGAAUUCGACCUCGUGGAGCGUGCCUCGAUUCUGCCCGAUGUGCGGGCAGGACGCGUGAAGGCGCCCAAGCGGAGACCGCCCUCGGCGGCCAUCAAUGUGCUGGGGGAGAGCAACAACAAUUCGGUGUACGUGAACGGCAGCGGGAUGGCCGGCACAGGCGGCAGUGCCAGCGAGCUGAGCGAGGACGGGGGCAGGCAGGCGGCCUCCUCCGACGACAAUUCCACGGGCGAGGAGCAGCUGGCCAAGCCGAAGCCACGCGAGUGGGAGAAGAAGAAGGCCCCAUGGAUGGAGGAGCUGAAGGCCUCCCAGGUCACCCGCAAGAAGACCUCCCCGAGCGUCGAACCGCGCGGUGCCUCUGUGGCCGAGCGCACCUCCAAGCUGUUUGCCGCCGAGCAGGUGGCAGCCACCGCCAGUGUGGUCUCCAGCAGUGCCACGAGUAGCAGCAACGGCAGCCAGCAGAGCAGCAGCACCACCACGAAAGUGCAGUCCUCGGCGGUGACGUCGUCCAGCAUCCUGCAGCAGUCGAUGAUCGUGGAGAGCAGCAGUCGGAAAGAGUCCUCAGCGAUCACCAGCAGCAGCAUCAGCUCUGUGGCCACCAGCACCGAUGCAGCCAUGUCCCGCAGCCUGUCGGCGGCCAAGGCGGCGGCCAGCGACGAGGAGACGCGAGCGCCACGCCCCAACAGCCUCUCCAUACGGAACCGCAGCGUCUCCCCGCUGGUCAAGACCGCCAAUGUUGCGCAGGUGCAGUCCCAGACGCAGGAGGCGAAGACAGCCACCAGCAGCAGCAGCGGCAUCACCAACACUGUUCAGCAGACAAACUCGAGUCCAGCCCCCGCCCAGCAGCUCAGCAAUCACCAGGAGUCAGCGUCAGCGUCAGCGGCGGGGCCACGCGUGGCACAGCUCGAGCAGCGAGUGGACAAGCUGGAGGCCAUGGUGCAGACACAGCAGCGGACCAUCGAGGAGCUGGUGCGAUCGCUGCGGGAGGAGACGGACCGCGUGAAGCUGCUGAGGAGCGAGCUGGACAAAUACGCCCAGUGCGUGACGCAAGUUUGAGCCUGUGUUUGAGCCGAACGUUGAUUGUUGUGUUAGCUGCUCGUUUUAGACCCCGUCCCAGCCCCAGCCCCACAGACCCCGUAGGAGAUUUUAGUAGUUAAAAUCGCAUUUUAGCUAGCUUUAAUCGUAUGAUUUUGUAUCUAUCUAUCUAUCUGUCGUGCUGUCGGCUAGACGUUUGAGAACCUCUACAUUCCAAGUGCGUAGAACGUAGUAGAACGAACCCAAGACAAUCCCAAAUAUCGUAUAAAAAACUCUUGUACUCUGUACUUAUACCAUGGUCCCAUGGAAAUACCACAGAAUUCACCAUUCACCCCCCUCCAUGCGCCCCCGAUCGAUCCAAGCCAUUUUGUGUUGAUUUGUGCAUGCGAAGAUACUGAUAACGAUACUGAUACCAUAUCCAUAUCCCAUGUAUAUCUGAUAAUUUCGAUAAGUAUUUUUUUAUAUACAAUACAUUCGUAAUCCCAGAGGAACGAAGGGGAACCGAGCCGGAGGUGCUGGUGCUGGUGGGCACUGUGUGAUUUCUUUUAUCUGGAGCUGCUUUCAAUUGCAAUUUGUUUUGUUUAUACGAUUUAUGAUUAUUUUACGAUGUAUUAAAGUUAUGAGUAAACACACACUGUACUAUAAACUAUACUAAAAGAAAAAAAAAAACUAGAGAGCGGAGACCUAGAGAUCGGAGAAUAGGUACGCAUAUAUCCACGUGGAGAUGAUGCCUAAAACUUAAGCAAUACCAAUAAAUAAUGCAAAUAAAUAUUAUACAUGUUUUCUGAAUGUUCUGUUAUUAUGAUUUACACUGUCCACUGCCCCUGUCCCUGCCUCUUUUAGAUGUCAUGUUAGAGAAUCCACAUAUCCAUCUUGCAUACGUACAUAUAUAUCUAACUGAGUCUCUCUCUCUCCCUGUAAUCUUUCUCUUUUUCCCACAACAGCAAGCAAUCUCGUCGCGGGAAAUUCGACAAUUGGAUGUUCUAAUUGAUCGGAGGAGCAGCAGAAGCAGCAGCAGCAGCUUGAGUUGUACAUCCUAUAUAUGUUUUCCUUUAUUUUUGUGAUAAGCCUCUCUCUCUCUGUCUCUCUGCAUUCAACUGCAUUCUGUAGUCUAAAAAAAUCAAUAUCCUGGUACCGAACCAAUCCCCCCGAUCGCCCAUUUGUUAGCCAAUAUAUAUGUUUGUCGCAUUUUUAUCGCAUCGCUAAACUGUAAAUAUUAAUGUACAUUGAAUAUGGCUUAUAAAAUAAACAUUUAACUAGUA